AUGCUCAUUAAAAUUGGUUAAGUAUUCUACAGAGUAUUGAUAGCUUUGAACGCGUAAAUUGAAAUUAUUAAUUAGAUCUACUAUUUUGUUUUCAGGAAUUUGGUUAACAUUUCUAUUCUUCAAAAAGGGUGAAUUGACUUUAUUUAAUUUAUAAGGUCCACUUGUUUUCUUGUAAAUUUUUCAUUAAAUUAGUUGAUUUUUUGCUUACAUCUUUGGAACCUAACAAAUCAAAUAGAAAUAAAACAUUUUGAUAAAAGAGUAGUUUGGAUUUGUUUCAAAUGAUUUUGGAAAAUCUUGUAUGUUGUUUAUGUAACAAAUUAAAUUAUUUAUAGCUUGUCAUCUUAUUAUCAUCGUUGCUAUAAGGAUUUGUAAUUUAGUUAUAUGUAAUUAAAACUACUAUCUUAUAGGAUUUCCUAAUUUUAUAAUUAUUUAUUUCUAUUUUAUAGUCUAUGCUUUUUGAUUUCAUACAUAGGAAAGUCGUGUAUUCGAAGAAAAUCCAAUACGUCGAAGGAAGACUUGAAAUCAGAGAGUUGA